AUGUUCCCAAACAGUGCGGGUUUAUUAUUGCCAGGUCGGCUUCAAACUCGGUGGGCGCGUGUUGAUGAACUUAUAAAUGAGCUUGAAAUUGGAGAUCGAAUUGAAUUCCAACGAACUGUUAAAACUACCAAGAGAAUUUAUUCGCACUGGGCGAUUUUUCUUGGAUUUCAUGGAUUUCACAAUGAAGGAUAUGUAUGCCAUAUGUCUGCAGCGGAAGCUGAUUUUUCAUCUGCAAAUUUAGAAAUCUUUGAGAAGGCGAAGAAUUGUGCCAAAGUUUGUCUUCAAGAAAUCACUUUAGUUUCACGUAAUGAUUUAUGUCGCAUUAAUAACUCAUUGGAUCAGUUAUAUGAUCCUCUUCCAAUCAGUGAGAUAUCUAAUCGUGCAUUGAACAUGGUUGGGUCGAGUAAUUACAAUAUUUUAAUCAAUAACUGUGAACAUUUUGUAAAUUAUUGCCGAUACGAUUUCAAAUAUAGUGGUCAGGUUAUUAAAACAGCAACACUUGCCGUACUUAUGACAUUUGGUGCUUCUUGCGGACCUGUUGGUGCCAUUUUAUCAUGUUGUUUUGGCGCAGCUUUUGAAUUUUUUUGGAAAUAA